AUGGAGGGGAGAUCAGGAAAGGUCAAGGAAUCCGUAGGUCUUGACCGGGCAUGCGGGCAUGGUCCAGAUGACAUCUGCACCUUGUCGGUGCCCGUCACCAACCGGAUGUCAUCAGCUCCUAGCGUUGAUGAAGCAUAUGCGGAAGGACGUAUCCGUAGGAGACGGACUGCGGAUGUUCUAGCGGUCAAACUCGCUCUAUGGGCCGUUGAUCCCGAUGGUUCACGAUGGAUUCUGCGGGCGGCCCGCCGGUCGCAUGCGAGGCAGGCUUCGAUACCCUUCUUCGCCAACUGCCUUCGAUAG